AUGACGGUUCCUUUUAAACCUGAACAGACGCUGCAGACAGAAAGCCUUGAUUGGCAUAAACAGCAGCUCUAACAUGAACUGUGCUGUUGUUGGAUGAAAAGUUCCGGUCUGUUGAUUCGGUUCCGGGACCGUUCGGGCAGAACAGCUGACCCGACAUGGCAACAAUCGUUCCUCAGUGUUAAAACAAACAACUGAUUGUGUCGCCCCGUGGAUGUGGGCGCGGCUGAACUUGCUGAUCUGGAGAAGCGAAAGCGAAACCUAAAUAAGGUGUUAAACUUUCUGUGCAGCGGAACCGAGCUCUCAUUAUUGCAGGUACAGGUGAAUCUGGGUCUGCGGACGACGACGCGGGAGAACCAUGUCUGCAGUCAGAAAGGAGCUGGAGGACGCCUUGAGGUGCUACGUCACAGACAUUCUCACCGACAUCCAGAUAGUCAAAUAUUUCUGUGAGAAGUUCUCCAAAUGGAUGCUGUGGAGGGAAACUGAGCUGGAAAUGAUAAGAGACAUCAAAGACAGGGCUGACAAAGUCAAGGUAAAACAGUCUGCAGAGCUGGAGAAGGAGCUGGAGGAGGUGCUGAUGGACACUCUUGGAGGUUUGGAGACACUCCAGUGCUUCCUGGACGCCAUAGAGAAGCUGGCGGUCAGCUCUGUGCACGUGUUCAUGGAGAACCAGCUGAUCCAGCUUCCUGAAAACAUCGGCUUUGAUUACGUUCAGGUCGUCAUCAACACUGCAAAACUCAUCUGCCCUCUCCUGCUGGAGUUUAAAAGAGAUGCGAGCGUUUUCUUCCUUCCCAAAAUGCAAAAUGCUGAGGUGCUGGCAUAUCAGCUGGACAGAUACAUCCAGACCACAAAGAAGAUGUGUGAGAAGAUGGAGAAAAGCUGUCUGAAUGAUGGCUGCCUGACGGAGACAGAAGUUGUGGUGAAGCUGGAUGUGGAUUUGUCUGAAUUUAACAUGCAGAGGAUGCUGGACCACAUCAACCAGCUUAAAGACAUACGGAUGGACCUGGACUUCCGGAUGGUGUUCUUGUUCCAGGAAGAAUCUGGUUCCAGCUUCAUGAAGGAGUUUAGUGAGCGUCAGCCCAGGAUGCUGCAGUUUCUUAACGAGUUGGAAGAAAAUGCUGUUCAGCUGGACAGUAUGAACAAAGGCGCAAAGAUCUCCAGUGUUGUUGGCAGCUCGGUGGGGGCGGUUGGAGGUGUGCUGUCCAUCGUUGGUUUGGCGUUGAUGCCUUUUACAGCAGGAAUCUCCUUAGCACUCACCAUGACAGGGGUAGGGAUGGGCGUCACCAGUGGAGUCAACAGCAUCGUCACCACAGCCACUGAGUUGGGGGUCAACCGGACGCACCAGAAGAAAGCCAGCGAAGUCUUCCAGAGCUUCAUGGAGGAUGUGACCAAACUACAGGACUGUCUGGAGAAGGUAGGUGCAGUGGCAGUGGCAGCAGGAUCUGCAGCGGGAGCAGUAGUGGCAGCAGGAUCUGCAGCGGGAGCGGUAGUGGCAGCGGGAUCGGCAGCGGAAGUGGGAGCUGCAGCGGGAGCGGUAGUGGCAGCGGGAUCGGCAGCGGAAGUGGGAGCGGCAGCGGGAGUUGGAGCGGCAGCAGCAGCGGGAGCAGGAGCGGCAGGGGGUACGGCAGCAGCAGCUCUCCGUAGUGUUCCCAAAGUGGCUUCAGACAUCCCUGACAUCGGUCAGGCAGCUGUGAAAAGCUCUCUGGCUUUGUCCAAGUCGGCCAGAGCCGGCUUAAUCGCGGUCAACGCCCUCUUCCUCGGCAUGGACCUCUUCUUCAUCUGUAAAGACAGCAUCAGCCUGGCCGAAGGCAGCGAGACGGAGGUGUCACAAUUUAUCAGAGCCAGAGCUGCUCUGUGGAGCUCAGAGAUGGACUCCUGGAAGAAAAUCCACGACUCGCUGUGUGACGGCCAGCAGACAUCAGGGAAGAAGGAAGCUCUUCUGGAGACGCCAUUUUACCUCAACACUCAGGUUCUGCCUAACUAAGAGGAGGACUAAAUAAAAGAUCGUGUGUCAUCAAUCAAUCAAAUAAGUUUUAAAAAAAAAAGUCCAGAAAAUGAAACAUUUGAUAAAUAAAUUUAAUUGGUUCUAAAUUGGCUCACAUUGUAUUUUUGGAUUCUUGAUUAGAUGAGGAAAAAGUAAGAUAAAAAUAUUUUCUUUGGUUGUAGAUCUGGGAUCACUGCACUGCAAAUGGUGAAAAAGAUCUUCUGUAAAAGUUUCAUUUUAAUCCUCAUUUUAAUAUCAACCUGAACCUUUAAAAAAAUAGUUUUUAUCUAUCUUGGUAAAUGUAAUUUAGAUUGAGCUAUGGCAGAUUUAUUUAACUAUAACAUAAAGAAAGGUCAAGUGCAUCACAGCGGACAACACACACAUGAUGACAGCAAAUAAUGAUCAACCAUCAUUCCAGUCCAAUGUGUGGAAACACUUUUAAUUUAGAAAAGUCAUGUGACCAUAGAGUGUGCUAGAAUGUUCUUAUUAUGUUCACUUUGUUUUAUUUGGAUGUGGAAAAACAAGAGUGGGCUGGACUUAAGGAAACUAAAAUGUGAAUGAAUUUGCCAAUAAUUCUUGUUUACUUGUUUGUUUGUGCACAUAUUUAAUUGAUUAUCUUGCAAGGAAUCUGGAAACCUUCCCCUGGUCUGUUCAGCUCCAGGGAUUUAUCUCUGAGUCACAAUGGUUUAAGUUUUGGGUAAAGAUGUCCAUUGUAGGUCAGUGAAUCGGAUCAAAUAAACCAAUAUCAUCUAUGAAUCAGAUUGUCAAGUAAUGGUAUGAAUCAUUGCACCCCUAAAUUUGACUGAUUCAUCCCAGUUUCCUGUUGUUUUAACCUUUACUUUUCAUUGAAUUUCCAAUCAUUAAGCUGAUUCUGUUUGGUUUGUUCUCAAUAGAACAGUGUGUUGAUGACCGAUAACAAUUGUGUUAUGCCAAAUUAUUGUAUGCUGAGAUUGCCUUUUUGCACCCUCCUUUUGCCGUCUAGGCUGAGCUGUAAAUGAAUGAAUGUAAAUUAUAACUUAAUUAAAGAUUGAGCAUAUUUUCAAAAGUCAA